AUGGUCCCGUACACGGUCGCGCAGGUCGACAAGUGCGCCUUUACCUACUGGUACCCGGCCUUGGCCGACGCGAGCCUCAAGAGCAUCGCGAUUGCGCUGCCGGAGGUCGUCGUGGCGAUGCUGCUGGCCGACAAGAUUCAGUUUCGCGAAGUCGACUACCCGCCGUCGUUCGUCGCGGACGUCAAGGCCGCGAUCGCGUCGCUCGGCGGCAAGGUGUUUGUCAAGCUCGAUUGGAGCUGCCCGAAGGACGCCAAGUGGAUCCUUGGCAACUCGCUCGCGUGCGUUUGCUUGGAAGACAUGGUCCUCGCGCUCAAAGCGAGCGACUUCAUCUUGCACGACCUCACGGCGGCCUACGACGAGUGCGUCGACGUGUCGGACGACCGCCGUCGGCCCGAGACGUUCCACCUCGUGCUCAAAAAGUGGGCCAACUGCUACGACUCGAUGCAUUUCCGGUGUUUUGUCAAGGACCGUCGCCUCGUCGGCAUUACGCAGCGCAACUGCGGCGACUACUACGCGUUCUUGACCGACGAGACGACGCAAGACGAGCUCUGCAAUGCGAUCGGCGCCUUCUACAGCCGCUACUUGCUCCAUGCGGAAGUCGUCGACGCGAGUUUUGUGUUUGACGUGUACGUCGACAAGUCGCACCGCGUCUUCCUCCUCGACAUCAACGUCUUUGGCGCCGUGACCGACCCGCUCCUCUUUACAUGGGACGAGCUCGCGACGUGGCGCCACGACGAAGACGCCAUUGACUUUCGGGUCGUGGACUCGGAGACCGCGAUCGUCCCGGACGCGUACUCGCAGUACAAGGUCCCCGUCGACCUCGUCGACCAUUUGGCGACGCCCGGGGGCUUUGACGAUUUCAUGCGCCAAGUCGCCAAGGACAACGCCAAGGAUGCGGACGACGACGACGAAGAUGACGAGGAUGAGGAGGACGACGAGGACGAUGGCGUCGAGUGGAGCUCGUAG